CCCUAUUAGUAUGACGUAACGGUCUUUAUCCUAGUGUUUUCUUUGUUUUAGAAACAGCUGACUGUAGUGUUAAUUCUGUUCUACGUGUAGUUUGUAUCUUUAAAUUAAUUAUCGUCGAUCCUUUGUUAACGUUCUUGAAACGAUUUUAUUUUCUAACCAAUAGAAACGAACUUUAAUCGCACCAUGUUAUUUAUUCUAAUUAUUUCAAUAUUGUUAUUCGUUUAUAAAUUCCAUAUUCUUUAUUCUGGAAUGUAGCCAGUUUGAACUACGUCUUUAUAGAUCGCUUGUUGCUAAGGUUUUUUAGUACAAUCGUAAAUAGAGUCAUUUUAUUAUUCAAUUACCUAAGGGUGAAAUUCCUUUAAAUCAAUCUUUCGUAACGAAUAUCCCAUAGAAACUUAAGUCAAUCGGAUAGAAAACUUUACACACCCUUACUCUCUACUAAAUUGUGCUGGUCUAAACACUUAUUACACUAAGUGUUUAACACAGAACAAUUGUAGCCCAGUAAUAAGUGUAAUAAGUGCUAAAUUUUGUUUAAUUUAAAUACAGAAUCCGAUGUUUUUCUACGCUUUUUCUAGUGUUUAUUAACAUAAAUUAGUCGAGUAUCUAUUUUUAGUUUUGCCAUUGGAAAAUUUUAGUUGAUUUACACUUCUGCGCGUAUUUCAGAAUAUGUAUGAGUCACAGCAAAACCAACCUGUCAGAUAGAAACCCCGUUUUAGACGAACGACCUAGCAACAAGCUACAAUUUUAUUUAAGUUCAUCAUCACUCGUUCCAUUUUCUAUCGAUUAUUUUUCAAAAUUUCAAUACACUUUUCCAUAAACUUGUCUUGUUUACUUUCUCUUAAAGCAAGGACAGUUCAAUUUGUUUGGUUUUUAUUAUUAUUUAUUUAUUUAUUUUUUAAUUUUUACAAGGUCUCGUUGUUGUCGACAACAAAAAUACCCAUCCGUCCUUUCGUUUGCUCGAUGUCAGUAAUGUCAAGGUUACUAAAAUAUGGGGCUAAGCCAAACCUCAAACAUUUACUCUAUACUCAAAUCUAUCUGUUUAAAAAAAAUGGCGGCGAUUUUUAUUCAAUACAGCUUCUAUUCUUCACCCUACAUCAUUUAAAAAUACGGGUAUAAAAUCUCCACGUAUGUUAAUUUUAUGCUUUUGGUCAAUGAUCUUUUCGUUGCAGGUUGCAGAUAUGAUCGAUAAUUCUCGGAACCAAACUGAAAUAGUAAACCUGAAUUAUGUCUUUUAUAAUAAUUAAAUAUAAACCUCACGAAUACAUUUUUAAAAUGAUUUUUUCCAUUUUUUUAUCACCUUAGAAAAGUCCCCCCCGCUCUAUAAAUGGUAUAAUAAAUUAACAGGUAUAAUUUACCUAUUUUAUUUUGCUAGGGUGUAGGGAAAAAUAUGUAUAAAAUAGUUAAUAUACGUGUUAAUUUUUGCGCUUUUCUUCGUGAAUUGCAAGUCAUUACGAGUGCGUUCAAGGUCGAGUAGUAUUCUUGAAUACAUCAUUUUGCAAUUUAGUGGGUUUUUCUAGAAAAAUCUGCCAAUCAUCCACCUUUACCCACACACACACACACAUAAAUACAAGCAAUUUAUUAACGUUCACUUCCGCCCUUAUAAAUAUUGAUCAACCCCUUAGCAACACACGUUUUUUUAAAGUAUGACAAUACGUGAUUUGUUAUUCGAUAUCUUCAAUACUUUGGAAAUUUUAAUAAAAAUAAAUAUAUUAAUAAAAAAAAAUUAAUAAACCCGGAACAAAAUUGAUGAGGGUAUCGUUCGUUUUGACGUCAUCGUAAAGCGUCAUCUUUAGGGAUGCAGCACUACUAAAUGGUGCUUUCCUGCAUAACAUCCGAGCUAUGAGUAGUAUGACAAAGAGAUUCUCCUAUUCGUUAGGAUGAAUAUAUAUACAUAUGUCAGCUAUUAUAAAAUGUAAAUGGUGAAUUGUAGAAGUAGUUCUUGCUGUUUUAAAAUUGCAAUAAGCCUGUUCACAAAGGAAUGUAGUGGCUGAAACAUUCCUUGUUAGGAUGAAGACGUCGAAACAACGGGAAUCUGCCGAACACUCCAGCGACAGCGAUGUCAGCAGGAGUGCUCCUCCAGAUGGAGGAUGGGGCUGGAUGGUGGUGUUUUCGUCUUUCAUGAUUCAUGUCGUUGCAGACGGCGUGACGUACACGUUUGGCAUAUUUUAUGGAGAGUUUCUUAAAUAUUUCGGUGAAAGUAAGGGAACAACUGCCUGGGUUGCUUCUAUUAUGGUCGGAACAACUUUUUGUAUUGGUCCAGUUGCCAGUGGUUUAACUAAUAAAUAUGGCUGCCGUGCAGUUACUAUUUUAGGCUCACUUCUAGCUACAAGUGGUUUAUUACUUAGUGUUCUAGCACCAAGUGUUGCCUAUCUAUAUUUUACAAUAGGCCUCUGUACAGGGGCCGGUUUUGGAUUGAUGUACUUACCUUCAAUCGUUAGCGUCACGUGCUAUUUUGAAAAGAAACGUGCCUUUGCCACCGGUGUUGCAGUAUGUGGCUCAGGAAUGGGAACCUUCGCUUUAGCGCCAUUGACAGAAUAUCUGGUAGAAUCGUACGGCUGGAAGGGCUCUAUGCUGAUCAUUUCCGGCUUAGUCCUCAACUGUUGUGUGUUCGGAUCUCUGUUUCGUUCAUUAGACACUAAACCAUCCAAAAAUCCAGAAAAAUUAGAAUGUAACGACGACUGGAGGUUACAGAAAGUACAACCGAACAACAACUAUUCAUUCCAGAAUCACGAAAUCGGAGGCAGCCAUUCGGAUUUGCACGCGAAAAGUAAUUUACCUCUAACCAGAUUUAAAUCGGAUAUAAUUCCAGAAGCGUUGGAAAGAGAACAUUCAUUAAAACAGAGAUCUCAUCUGGUACCCAACGGUGACAGCACCCCUCUGAUAAUGCAUAAGCAACAGAAUUCUGGUAUACUCUAUAGAAAAGAUAUCUUUUAUAGUGGAAGCUUGCUCAAUUUGCCAGAUUAUAAGUCCAAUCCAAACAUAUACAGAGCAAGCAUCGAUAUGUCUCAUCAGUGUACUAACGAAUCCGAAAAGCCAAACAGGUGUUGCCCCAGGGAGAUGACCGAUGCAUUCUCGGAAAUGCUUGAUGCUUCUUUAUUAAGAAACGUAAUUUUUAUAAUGUUUGGUUUGUCAAACUUCUUUACAAACAUAGGUUUUAAUGUGCCCUAUGUUUACACCAAAGUAAGAGCCAAUGCGCUCGGAAUUACCGACGAACAUACCAGCAUCUUGCUGUCCGUUAUUGGAAUCUCUAACACGGUGGGACGUGUUGCUUUGGGUUAUUUAUCCGACAGGAAGUGGGUUAAUCGUCUGUUUCUUUAUAAUGCCAGUUUAACAAUAUGUGGUCUAGCCACGGCUUUCAGUUGUUACUGCACAACGUAUACCACCCUCGUUAUUUACUCUGCCAUUUUUGGAGGCACCGCCGGAGCCUACGUCAGUCUAACAUCUGUCAUUUUAGUCGAUCUUUUGGGAUUAGAGAAACUAACAAACGCUUUUGGAUUACUUUUGGUGUUUGAAGGAAUCGCAUGCUUAAUGGGACCACCUAUAACAGGUUGGCUUUACGACGGUACAGGAUCGUAUGAUCCCGGUUUCUAUGUAUCCGGAUUUAUGAUAGCUUUAAGUGGUAUCAUGUUAUUUUUUAUACCUUGUAUCAAGACAAAAACCUGCCAGGAAACUCCCGCAAAUGACGAAGAGACUGCAACUUCGAUCUAAUUAUUUUCAUAUUGUGAUCUUUAUGCAUUUCUUCAUAUAUAUAUAUAAUAUAUAUAUAUAUUAAAAUAAUAUAGACUUUAAUGUUUUUACUCUGUUUAAUAUAUAAAAA